AUGCUAGAUCCAGACACGCCCACCUCACCCCUGCCGGACGCGCCCACCUCACCCCUGCCGGACACGCCCACCUCACCCCUGCCGGACACGCCCACCUCACCCCUGCCGGACACGCCCACCUCACCCCUGCCGGACACGCCCACCUCACCCCUGCCGGACACACCCACCUCACCCCUGCCGGACGCGCCCACCUCACCCCUGCCGGACACGCCCACCUCACCCCUGCCGGACACACCCACCUCACCCCUGCCGGACACGCCCACCUCACCCCUGCCGGACACGCCCACCUCACCCCUGCCGGACACCCGUCGCUCCUGUAACGGGUUCCUUCGUUCCCGGCGCUCGCGACCUGUCCUGCAACUUGCAUUCUUAGUUGGUUGCAAUGCCGGCCUCCCGGUGGGCGGGUUACGAGCUUAG